AAUUCUGAAUGAUCCCACCUAAUUUUGUCUCCUUCCUGGACUGGACUGCCUUCCAUUUUUUAAGACAUAUAUUUUUAUUUUUAGAGCGGCCACUUGAGUAUCUGGUCAGUAUAAUGGAUCAUCUGUGACCGUGCGUCCGCUCUGGUGCAAGCCAAGACGAAGAAAGUUGGGGAAAGAUGCACGAAGAGGAUGGCGGAGAAGAGAACUCUACACGAGACCUACGGGUUCUGGCCUCCAAUUCGGUGGACGCAGGCGAACCCGAAUCACUGAAGGACCCGGUUGCGAAACUAUGCGGUUAUUUAACUAAACUCGCUGGAAAAGGGCCGCUGCGGGGGUUUAAACUCCGCUGGUUUGUGUACGACGAGAGGAAAUGUUAUUUGUAUUACUUCAAGACUCCCCAAGACGCCUUGCCGCUGGGACACAUAACGAUAGGCGAAGCCAGCUUCAGCUAUGAUGUGGAGGGGGAUGAGGGGCAGUUUGAGAUUCGCACCGCGGGGAAGGAGUUUGUACUCAAGGCCCCUAACCGCCAGGUGAUGCAGUACUGGCUCCAGCAGCUGCAGCAGAAGCGUUGGGAGUUCAGUAACACCAGAGGGUCUGGACAGAGGGACAGCUGGAGUUCUCCUACCCCUCACACUGGCCUGGUGGCCAAAGAUACAGAUGUGUUUGUGUUUGAGAAGCCCAGUCACAGUGACAGCAUGGAGAGGGUACGCAGCGACUUCGCUAUGGAAACAGACACGGACGGACUGGUGGGUGUCCAAUCAGCCCGAGGCCCCUCCCAUCACGCCCCCAACCCCCUCAACUUCUCCAGCAAGCUGGGUCACUGGAGCUCAGAGAUCAGGAACUCCAUGUCAGGCCUGCGUGUGGGUCGAGGAGGAGGAGAGAACAGACGCUCUGUCUUCUACACUGGGAGCAGUGGUGAUGAGUGGGAGAUGUUAGACGCUCCCUCAACCAAGGACAUCAACCAGGACCACAAACCUCCCACCCAGCCUCAGAAUGAGUCACACAGACACUCCAGUGGUUCUCCGUUCACAUUUGACUUCGGGCGGAGCAGCAGUUCCUCAUUGCGGCCCAAGCGGCCCACUCUGCGAGACAUAAUGGGUUCAGGGAGGUUAGGACGCAGCACAGAGAGCUCUUCCCCCUCCUCUCAGACCACGCCCCCAGUGGAGUGUAACGGCAGCAGGACCAAUGAGCUGCAGCUCCGCCUCCAGAGCCAGGAACAGGAACUGACACGCCUCCACGAGGAGAACAACAACCUGACUGAGGAGUUAACCUCCCAGAAGGAGCUGGUCAGACUGCUUCAGCAGACCUUGAGGAGCACCCAGAGGGAGAUGCGACCAGCGCCAGUAUUAACUCCAGUACCUGCCUCACCUCCAGCCCCAGGGUUCCCACAGUUGGACCUAGCCCAGAUGGAAGCCCUCCUCCUGGACAGGGAUGGUCAGGUCCAGGCCCUGUGUUGCCAGAUGGAGCGUCUAGCCCUGGAGAAGGAGAGUCUACAGAGGGAGCUGAAAGGACUGAAGGUCAAGGUUGGGGAGAUCAAUGAGCAGCUGAGCAUGCUGAUGGAGACCAUCCAGGCCAAAGACGAGGUCAUCAUUAAACUGUCCCAGACACCCCCCCAGGGAGCAGACGGGACCACCCCCCUGCUGCAGGACUGCAGCUCAGCUCCACCCCCCGCCAGCCAGCAACAGGAGAUAAACAAUCUUAAGGACAGUGUUCAGGGCUAUAAAUCCCAGAACAAGUUCCUGAAUAAGGAGAUCUUGGAGCUGACUAUUCUACUGAGGAACGCUGAGGCCAGGGAGAGAUCUCUGGAGGUUAAGUAUGUGGCGUUGGAGGCUAAGGUGUGUCAGGUUGAGAGUAAGUACCUGGUGCUGCUUCAGGACCUGAAGAACCCAGUGUGUUCCUCUUCAGAACAGAGUCCUGCCAGCGAGGUCAUCUCUCGACUGUUGGAGGAUGCACUGAACAACACUGACCCUACGGGACACGCCGUCUUUAAGCCACACCCUGUCAGUGAGUACGAUGUGUUUGGCUUCAAAACAGUUCCAGAGGAGGAUGAUGAAGAGGAGAAGCUGGUAGCCAAGGUGAGGGCUCUGGACCUGUGCUCCCUCUCCCUAACAGACCCUGAGGUGUCAGUGGGGGUGAAGUGGGAGAACUAUCUCUCCUCUACUAUGAACAGAGACAUGGUGCACAGCCCCGAACUCAAAGCCCUUAUGAGGAGCGGGGUGCCACAUGUCCACCGUUCCAAGGUGUGGCGCUGGUGCGUGUCCUACCACACCAGGAAGUUCCGUGACAGCCUGGCUCCAAACUACUAUGAGACCUUACUGGGUGUGGCCAGAGACAAGCCUAAUCCCGCCUCCAAACAGAUAGAGCUUGACCUGCUGAGGACCUUACCUAACAACAAACACUACUCCUCCCCCGGCGCCGACGGAAUACAGAAACUCCGUAAUGUCCUGCUAGCCUUCUCCUGGAGGAACCCUGACAUAGGAUACUGCCAGGGACUCAACAGGCUGGCAGCCAUAGCUCUGCUGUACCUGGACCAGGAGGAUGCUUUCUGGUGUCUCAUCACUAUCGUGGAGGUCUUCAUGCCCCAGGACUACUACACCAAGACCCUGCUGGGAUCACAGGUGGACCAGCGUGUUUUUAAGGACCUGCUGAGUGAGAAGCUGCCCAGACUCCACGCCCACUUUGACCUCUACAAGGUUGACUCCUCCCUCAUUACCUUCAACUGGUUCCUGGUCCUCUUCGUAGACUCAGUGAACUCUGACCUCCUCUUCAAGAUCUGGGAUGCCUUCCUGUACGAGGGACCCAAGAUCAUCUUCCGCUUCGCCCUCGCUCUCUUCAAGUACAAGGAGGAAGAGUUUCUGAAGCUUCAGGACUCCAUGGCCAUCUUCAAGUACCUCCGCUAUUUCACCAUAACUAUCCUGGACUGGAGGAAGUUGAUGAGCAUAGCGUUUGUGGACAUGAAUCCGUUCCCCCUGAGACAGAUCCUUAACCGCAGGACCUUCCAUCUGGAGAAGGUUAGACUAGAGCUGACAGAGCUUGAGGCCAUCAGACAAACCUUCCUCAGAGAGAGAGACACACACACCGACGCACGCGCGCUGUGUAGCGACGAUGAGGAGGACAACUAGCCAAUCAGGGCCCAGGCCAACUAGCACAUCAGUAGAGAGACUGACCACGGCCCCUGACGCACGCACGCAAGCUUUGCAGCGACAACUAGCACACAGCCUGUCAGGGUGCAGUGCCUGCAGACUCCAGCCAAUCAGGAUCCAGGUCUGCGAGAUUCUAUCAUAUCACGUGCAGACUCCAGCCAAUCAGGGCCCUAGGCUGGCUAUCCCGCCCACCUUCAGACCAAACAGACGCUGUCAUGAGUAAUGACCCACCAUGAUGACCAGUGAUAUAUCCACAUAAUCCCCACUCUCUACUACGCUGGACCUGUCACCUCCAUGUUUUCCACAUGCUGAACCCUGUGGAUUGGACCUGUCACCUCCAUGUUCUCCACAUGCUGAACCCUGUGGCCUGGACCUGUCACCUCCAUGUUCUCCACAUGCUGAACCCUGUGGCUUGGACCUGUCACCUCCAUGUUCUCCACAUGCUGAACCCUGUGGCUUGGACCUGUCACCUCCAUGUUCUCCACAUGCUGAACCCUGUGGCUUGGACCUGUCACCUCCAUGUUCUCCACAUGUUGAACCCUGUGGAUUGGACCUGUUACCUCCAUGUUCUCCACAUGCUGAACCCUGUGGCUUGGACCUGUCACCUCCAUGUUCUCCACAUGCUGAACCCUGUGGCUUGGACCUGUCACCUCCAUGUUCUCCACAUGCUGAACCCUGUGGCUUGGACCUGUCACCUCCAUGUUAUCCACAUGCUGAACCCUGUGGCCUGGACCUGUCACCUCCAUGUUCUCCACAUGUUGUGGACCAAAACACUCUUGGCCACAUGUUUUUUCUUCCAGUCUUUUGUAAAGGUGUUAAUCUGUUUGUUGUGGCUGAGGGACAUUGAGAGAUUGACAUGACAACCACAGUGUUAUUCUGUCCCACAGCCAUACAGCUGUGAUUGCAGAGCUGGAUCACGCCAAUCUGAAUCAGUAUUUUUUCUAAUAAAUCAUUGUGCUCUUUUGGAGACGAGGGGCUGAUUUGUAUUCGUAGAUAACCUGACUGCUAUAGCCCUCUCAAAGUAUAGGUAGGUGUGUUUCUUGUUUCCAGACUGGUUUUGUAGGAGACUAUGCUGCUGCAGUAUACUAUACAGUAACCAGCAGGCCUUGUUGGUAGCCCGUCUGUCUGUCUACGAAGCACUUGAACCACUUUUACCAAAACGUCUAUUGAUUGGCACUUUACAUAGAAACCUUGGACCAAUAAUAGUCCAUCAUUCCAGACUCCAGUACGUUUCCAGAAAUGCUGUCCCUCCCCUUCCCGUUGAAGGAAGGAUGAGGAACAGAGGCAGAACCCGGACUCACCUCAACCCUGUCACAGGGCAGGAGUUAUCUUACUCUGCACAGCUUCAAGUCCCUCUGCGGUAACAUACUGUCAUGUCACCAUCACGUGGUGUUAAUAAGGGGACAUUUUAUGAGGGAAUCUACUAGUCUGAGUAUCACCUGUCUUUUCUCUUCCUGUUUACAUUUUCCCUUGACUUUUUCUUCACUUAUUUUUGUGCUUUCCAGACCCAUCAAAUGUUGUUUCUUUGAUAUUUGUUCUGAAAUGUUUCGGCACAUCUACGACUGACUAGACCGAACAUUAGGAACCAGUUUCUAAUAUUGAGUUGCACCCCCACCCCCCUCUUUGCCCUCAGAACAGACUCACGUGGUUGGGGCAUGGACUCUACAAGGUGCCGAAAGCCUUCCACAGGGAUGCUGGUCCAUGUUGACUCCAAUGCUUCCCCACAGUUGUGUUCAAGUCGGCUUGAUGUCCUUUGGGUGGUGGAUCAUUCCGGAUACACACAGGAAACUGUUGAGCGUGAAAAACCCAUCAGUGUUGCAGUUCUUGAAACAAACCGGUGCGCUUGGCACCUACUACCAUACCCCGUUCAAAGGCACUUAAAUAUUUUGUCUUCCCUAUUGACCCUCUGAAUGGCACACAUGCACAAUCCAUGCCUCAAUUGUCUCAAUGCUUAAAAAUCCUUCUUUAACCCGUCUCCUCCCCUUCAUCUACACUGAUUGAAGUGGAUUUAACAGGUGACAUCAAUUAGUGAUCAUAGCUUUCACCUGGAUUGUCUGUCAUGGAAAGAUCAGGUGUUCUUAAUGUUUUGUCCACUCAGUGAAUGUUUCCACUUAAUUUAGUAUUAGAUUAUUGAGUGGCCAACUAUAUCAAAUGUGACUUUUUUUUUUUAUACAAAUGGAGAAUUGUGGUGUCGCACAAUGCCAUAUAAACAAUGAAAUGUUGUCUUAUAGUUGUACUGUGAGAGGUGUGUUUUCUCUGAGAGCUGGUCUCUCUAGGAACCUUCUGAUGUCGAGUUGAGUGUUGUACCCAUCCAUCAUGUUACCAUGGUUUCACUUACCUAUAUAGGUUUAUUGUUUGACAGGAUUGCACCCAGCAUUAAAAACACAGGUUAUACUCACUUUAACUUCACACACUUCCUGUUGACCAAUCACUUUUUGUAUUUGUUCCAAUGUUAAUUUCUUUGAUCAAGUAUUGUAUCUCAGCUGGUUUCUUUCUGUAUUCCAUAAGCUAUCCCACUCCCUUGUUAUUGCUGUUGUAAGGAUGGAGGUGUGUCUAACCCUGUGCAUGACCACUCCUCAAUCCUAACACUCUUUUCAAAGCAACACCUUUACAUAAUCAUCUAGUGCCAUUUGCAACCUUCCACAAAACCGUCACGACACUUUCUCUUGUAUCUAUGAAUAUUGAAUAUCAUUUCCACAUAAUUCUUAUUCAACUGAUCGUGACCGAAAUGGCCCACUAUCAACACAAAUGAAUAUUUUAUAUGAGUUGUAUGAUCAUGAUCACCUAAUAAACAUUGUUAUAGCUUACUGUGCACAUUUGUGUUAAUGCUGUUAUGUACUUUCUACAGAGAAAGGAUCCUUGACUUUUCCACAUUUUGUCUCUGGCCUAAACACAAUGUCAAAGUUGUGUUUUUUACAAAUGAAUAAAAAUGAAAAGCUGUAAUGUU